AUGCGCAGCCAGUGUAACAAGAUGGCGGAGAGUGCGGAACUAAAGCAAAUGGUAAUGAGCCUUCGAGUUUCCGAGCUCCAAGUGUUGUUGGGAUAUGCAGGACGAAAUAAGCAUGGACGCAAACAUGAACUUUUGACCAAAGCUCUCCACCUGCUCAAGGCUGGCUGCAGUCCCGCCGUGCAGAUGAAGAUUAAAGAGCUCUACAGACGGCGCUUCCCAACCAAAAUGGUUUCCCCAGUGGACCUCGCUCUUCCCAGUGUUCAUUCUGCAUCCAGCUUGCCUGCUGGCCUUGCACAGUUGGGAUUUGAUGGCCAUGGUUCUCCAUCACCGCUGCUGCCCGUUUCUCUACUUGGACCUAAGCAUGAGCUGAGCCUGCCUCACCUCUCCUCAGCCCUGCAUCCUGUACACCCUGAUGUCAAACUCCAGAGAUUGCCCUUCUACGAUGUGCUGGAUGAGCUCAUUAAGCCGACCAGUUUGGCUUCAGACAGUAGUCAGCGGUUCCAGGAGGCGUGUUAUGCAUUUGCGUUAACGCCACAGCAAGUUCAGCAGAUCAGCAGCUCCAUGGACAUAUCUGGGACCAAAUGUGACUUUGCUGUUCAAGUUCAGUUAAGAUUCUGUCUAUCAGAGACAAGCUGUCCACAGGAGGACCAUUUUCCCCCGAAUCUGUGUGUGAAGGUGAACAGUAAGCCCUGUAAUCUCCCGGGAUAUCUUCCUCCCACCAAAAAUGGAGUGGAACCUAAAAGGCCUAGUCGCCCAAUUAACAUCACAUCUCUUGUUCGGCUGUCCACCACUGUUCCCAACACAAUUGUGGUGUCCUGGACUUCAGAAAUUGGGAGAAGUUUUUCCAUGGCAGUAUAUUUGGUAAGACAGCAGUCGUCUGCAGUGUUGUUGCAAAGAUUGCGGGCCAAAGGGAUCCGGAACCCUGACCACUCGAGAGCCCUGAUCAAGGAGAAAUUGACAGCCGAUCCAGAGAGUGAGAUUGCUACCACCAGUCUACGAGUCUCUCUCCUGUGUCCUCUCGGAAAAAUGAGGCUUACCAUCCCUUGCCGAGCAAUGACAUGCUCACACCUUCAGUGCUUUGAUGCUACACUUUAUAUCCAAAUGAAUGAGAAGAAGCCGACAUGGGUGUGUCCUGUCUGUGACAAGAAGGCUCCAUACGAGCACCUCAUUAUUGAUGGGUUGUUCAUGGAAAUUUUGAGUAGCUGUACUGACUGUGAUGAAAUCCAGUUCAAGGAAGAUGGAAACUGGGCCCCCAUGAAGUCAAAGAAAGAAGUGCAGGAGGUGUCUGCUUCCUACAAUGGUGUAGACAGCGAUUCGUCGAGAACAGACGAGCACAAACGAGGAUCUCAUGACAACAACAAGAAAGUUGAUGUGAUUGAUCUAACACUGGAUAGCUCUUCCGAAGAGGAGCAAGAUGAUGAGCCACCUCCAAAAAGGGUCUGUCCAUCACUGUCACCUGUCUCCCCACCUCCAAGCAAGGGAGUGCUGAACCUACACAACCAAGCCUCGCCUGUGCCCAGAACUCCCAGCAUGCCCCCUGUGGAGACCAGCUACAUUCCACCCCCACCACCACUUAUCCAAGACUACCGUCACUAUUAUCAUACAACGGACUUGCCAGAUCUAAAUUUCUUCUCCUUCCUCCAAGGUGACAAUCAGCAUUACAACAUGGUGAUGGCGGCCGCAGCAGCUGCCUCGGCGUCAGCGCCGGAGGACCAUGACCUGCUUCUCAAUCGUUUUCUGCCAUACAGCUCCUCUCAAAUACUACGGGAGCAGCCAGGCACGCCCGGGAGCAGCACGCUGGCAGCCACCAACGGAGGGAGCAACAGUGGCAGCACCAGUAGUUUAGUGUCUUCCAGCAGUCUCCGGGAUCGGGACAAAGACAGAGACAGCCAUGGCAUUUCAGGAUUGUCAAGGUCCUCGGUGGAAGCUGCUGCGGCAGCAGCCAUUUAUGGCUCCAUAUCUGACGUUAUCUCUCUUGACUAGAUCCACACAGAACUGAAGGACAACGGAGACCUCGGACAGGAGUUCAUUGUAAAUAAUAGAGGAAGACGAAAGAAUACAGCGCUAUGUACAGAGAGGAAAAUCUAUUUUCAAUUUUACUUAUAUGUAUAUAAACUUUGGACGCUUCUCGUCCGGUGAGUUACUUCAGUUGAUAUUUUUCUGUGAAUACUGAAGACCUUUUCCACACUACUUCAUGUGGUAUUUGAUUAUAUUGUAGCUUUUGUAUCUGGUUUUUACAGUUUUGUUUCAAUAUUUCAUGUCAAUGGCAUUAUGUACGUAUACAUGCACAGAACCUAACAACGCAACACCUUAUGAAACAUAUUUAGAAGAUAAAGAAAAUGGGCAUCGUUAUCGGGAGUCAAGGCGGGUCAGCAACACAGGAAAAUGUGCAACACUUUUUUUAUCUUCUAAAUGGUGUUAUUUCUGUCAAAAUGUUUUGACAGCAGAGAAAUCCUGUCAUUUUUGUCAUAACAAAUAUGUAGAUUUAUUUUCUCAAAGACAUUCAUACUGUGGUUAUUAUUUGAAAGGAAUUAUUUAUGAUGUAAAUUAUGUUGGACGUGCUGUUUUUAAAAGAAGCAUUCCCUAUGCCUCUUGAAACUAUUGCCACUAGAAAAAUACAAACGCAGUUGCGAGAUCCUUCUGCUGUCAGAACAGCCCCCCCCCCCACCCAUGCUUCUUUAACUCACUUCAAAUAUGAACAAUAUUUAAUUGCUCAGGCUGUAUGUAAAAUACAUCUAAAUUGACAGUAAGUUGCUGUGUAAAUGAAGGGCACUGGAACAGCUAGCACCCAUUGGAGGUUUUAUUAUAUAUGUGAUAUAAAGAGCAUUGUUCUCUUUAUAUAUUACAUAAACAGAGACUUGAGAAGUUUAGCUUUUUACGUUAAUGUAUAUGCGUUUAUUUUGUAUACUCCUCUUAUGCAUACACAGGAAACUGCACAUGAGUGACAGGUUGGCAGAUUUCUGCUCCACUCUCAAGACAAGGCUAGUUUCUGGUCUACUUGAAAAUAGUUUUUGAAAUGCUCCGACAGUUGCUGGAGUUUUGGUGGAUUAAUUAUUUACAUUUCAUUUCAGUUUAUUACAUUCAUCUUGUUCUGUCUUAGCACUUCCCUUUGUUUUGUUUUCUUUUUGUCUUUUCUUGCCUGAUAAUGUCUGCGUGGAGCAGUUAAGUGUUAAAUUUAACACUUGAAGUAGUUUUCAGCUUCAUUUGUUUGCCAGUUAACUGAAAGCUAACCUGGUGGAGUGCCGUAGCGCGGCCACAGGAUCCAUAGUCUAUUUUGGUGUUAAAUGUAUUUGCGACAGUCUUUAAGAUAAUUCUGAUAGCUUAGUCUAUGAGUGAAUCACAACACGUAUUUUGGCCAAGAGGUUGAAAAUCAUUGAAAUUAUUAUAGUCACCUCCCCUCUUCCUCUGAUUUUUGUUUCUUUCUUUUUUUGGACUUGUGCUUACAAUAGGAUUAUUUAUUAUCAUAUAUAUUUUCAGCAUUUGUUUGAUUUGUGAAUAUGCAUUGCUGUCAUUGUAUGUGAUAUUUCUUUUGUAAUUAUAAUAUUAAUGCUAUUUAAAGAUGUCACUAUUGCUUGACAUGCAUUGUAACAUUUUCAGUUUCUGUCUGUUUUGCUAUCAGAUGAUGUCAAUAACUCAAUAGAAGCUUUGAUCAUUUUGAAAGGCUA